AUGGAUCAGCACGACGACUUCGACAACGUCUCCUGGAGACAUGAUGCGGGGAGCGAAAGCUCUCGUCCAACGACAUCGGGCACCGAUGCCGAAGAGUCACCGGCAACCACCCAUGAUGUCAAUGGCAAACGGAGAUUGAGCUCCGCGCAGGACGCCCCUCAGGCCGGGCCAUUGGCCGACGCCGUCGACCUCGCAGGUAUCGGCGACGGCAUGUUAGAAUGCCAGGUGGAUUCGCCCCUCAAGGAGAACGACGGUACAAAAGAUGCAUACAUCUCAUAUUUGGUCACUACACAUACCGAUUUCAAGUCCUUCCAGAAGCCGGACUUCACCGUGCGACGACGCUUUACAGAUUUCUACUUCUUAUACAAGACGCUCUACCGGGAGUAUCCGGCCUGCGCGGUGCCGCCGCUACCGGACAAGCAUAAGAUGGAAUACGUGCGGGGGGACCGGUUUGGCACUGAGUUCACCACCCGUCGCGCCUGGUCACUACAUCGUUUCCUCAAACGGCUGACCCUGCAUCCCGUGCUCCGCCGUGCCCCGCUGCUCGCCGUCUUCCUGGAGUCGCCCGACUGGAAUGCGCACAUGCGGCUGCACUCCUCGCGGAACACGAGCACCACCUCGGAAGGCGGCGGCGUGCCGGGCAUCUUCGACAACUUCACCGACACUUUUGUCAACGCGUUCACGAAAGUGCACAAGCCGGAUCGGCGGUUCAUCGAGGUGCGCGAGAAGGCGGACAAACUGGAUGAGGACCUCAACCAUGUGGAGAAGAUCGUGGCCCGGGUGGCCCGGCGCGAGUCCGAUCUGGAGACAGACUACAACGACCUCGCCACGCAGUUCCGCAAGCUUGUCCCUCUCGAGCCGGACGUCGAGGUGCCGCUGCAGGUGUUCGCGGCGUCGGUGGAGGAGACGGGCCGCGGGCUCAAGGGGCUGAAAGACCACACCGACCAGAACUACCUCGGCUCCCUCCGCGACAUGGAGGCGUACAUCGUAUCGCUCAAGUCGCUGCUGAAGACGCGCGAGCAGAAACAGCUCGACUUCGAGGCCCUGGUCGACUACCGGAACAAGGCCGUCGCGGAGCGGGACUCCCUCGCCACCAACCCGUCGUCGUACUACGCCUCGAACCCGCUCACGUCGUCGCCGGCGUCGUUUAUCCGUUCCAAGAUGGAGGACAUGCGGGGCGUCGACCACGAGCAGUCCCGGCGGGAGCGGGUGCGGAAGCUGGAGCUUCGCAUCGAUGAGCUGACGCGGGAGGUGGAGUCGGCCAAGACGACCUCGGAGAUGUUCGACGAGGAGGUGGUGCGGGAAGUGGCGGACUUUGAGCGAAUAAAGGCGGUGGAGUUCCGGGAUACGCUGGGGGCACUGGCGGAGAAGCAUAUCGAGUUCUACCAGGGGGUGUUGAACACGUGGGAGCGGUUUAUUGCGGAGAUGGAGGGCGAUCUGGACGAGAAUCCCGCUGGGCCGUAG